AUGGGGCGUGGCCAACUUACCACCUCUCACCUCUUCCCAACAACCCCCACCCCCAACACCUCCCCCAAGGCACAGCGUUUUCUAAUGGGCCGCGCUGGCCGAUGCUGCGCAAUUUUGCACUUGGAGCACUUAAAGAGUUCGGCUUGGGUAUGCGGACCAUCGAAGAGCGUGUCCUGGAAGAGGCGGCUUGUCAGCUUGGUGAAAUUUCAAGCCACUGGAGGAGCCCCGUUCGAACCCCGGCGGUUACUGGAUAAUGCUGUAUCUAAUGUUAUCUGCUCCAUGAUCUUUGGGAACCGCUAUGGCAAUGAGGACAUGGAGUUCCUGAGGCUCCUGGACCUUUUCAAUGACAACUUUCGCAUCAUGAGCUCUAGGAAAGCAGACGUGCCUGGGUGCAGGCCUGGCCCCAACCUCACCUCCAUUCUACUGUGGUUCUGCCUGCUCCCUGUGGGGAGCCACUCUGACACAGACCUCGCCCCGCAGUGCCCUAGCCUGGGCAAAGUGCCCCCAGCCUUACAGCUCCGCCUCGUGACCUGCUGA